UUGCUCUUGCUUUUGUCUCCUCUAUUCUUCUGAACAUCUGUGAUCCUAAGAAGAAGAAGAAUGCAAGUGUCUUCAAUAUGCUCGCCACUGAGAUCCUUCACCCGUACCCGUCAUCAUUUCUCCCUCCCGCUUCAAUUUUCUCAUCAUCAUCAUCAUUAUUCUUCUUCCAAUGUAAAUAGAGUCAGUAUUAGUGGUGUUCUCGAGUCUCAUGCCCAUGGGCACCUCAAGGUCCUUCCGGUCUGCUUCUCAUUUCGCUCUCUGCCUUCCUCUGCUCUUAGUAAUAUUACUAGUGCUAAUACUAGUACUCGGAGGGGAAGAAGGCGUUUUUCCGUGGUCUCAGCGGGUGCUGGGGGCUUGGAGCGAUUCACGGAACGAGCAAUUAAGGCCGUAAUCUAUUCCCAAAGAGAAGCAAAAGCACUUGGCAAGGAUAUGGUAUUUCCCCAGCAUCUCUUGCUGGGUUUAAUCGCCGAGGAUGAGGAGCAUCACUACCAUUCUCUUCACGAAGGCUUUCUCGGAUCGGGCAUCAGCCUCCACAAGGCACGUGAUACUGUUCUCACCAUUUGGCGUCAUCACCAUCAUGUAAAUGUUCCUACUAAUACCACCAGUAGUAGUAAUAGUGCUGCUGUCCCCUUUUCCAUUAGCACAAAGCGCGUCUUUGAGGCUGCGCUCCACUACUCCAGGACCAUGUCUCAUCAUUUCAUUGCCCCAGAGCACAUCUCCAUAGCACUUUUCACCCUUGAUGAAGGCAGUGCCGCUCGAGUCCUCAUGAGAUUGGGGGCAAAUGUCAAUCAGUUGGCAGCUGUGGCACUCUCCAGACUUCAGGGGGAGCUUGCCAAAGAUGCUAGAGACUCCUCUUUGGCAUUUAAAGGAAUACGUAAAAAAUCAUUUUCUAGAAAAUCCACUGCGGCUACGAGAUCCUCUGAAAAGCAUAAAGAGAGAAGUGCUUUAGAAAAGUUCUGUGUGGAUCUUACUGCCCGUGCUAGUGGAGGGCUCAUUGAUCCUGUUAUUGGCAGAGAAACUGAAUUUCAAAGAGUUAUUCAGAUACUUUGCCGCAGAACCAAAAAUAACCCCAUUCUUCUUGGUGAAAGUGGUGUUGGAAAAACAGCCAUUGCUGAAGGACUGGCAAUUAGCAUUGCACAUGCAGAUGUUCCCUUUUUUCUCUUGACAAAACGCUUAAUGUCCUUGGAUAUAGCACUAUUAAUGGCUGGUGCCAAGGAGAGGGGAGAAUUAGAGGCUCGUGUUACUACAUUAAUCAACGAAGUACUGAAAGCAGGUGAUGUCAUUCUUUUUAUUGAUGAAGUUCACAUACUUGUUGAGUAUGGAACAGUUGGACGAGGAAAUAAGGGGUCUGGUCUUGACAUUGCUAAUCUAUUGAAACCGUCACUGGGGAAGGGUCAAUUACAGUGCAUUGCAUCCACAACUAUAGAUGAAUACAGGAUGCACUUUGAGAAGGAUAAAGCAUUAGCGAGAAGAUUCCAGCCUGUGUGGAUUGGUGAGCCUAGCCAGGAUGAUGCAGUGAGAAUAUUGUUGGGUCUGCGUGAAAAAUAUGAGGCUUAUCACAACUGCAGAUUUACACUGGAAGCCAUAAAUGCAGCUGUGCAUCUGUCAGCCAAAUAUAUAUCUGAUAGGUAUCUUCCUGAUAAAGCUAUUGAUCUCAUUGAUGAGGCUGGAAGUAGAGCUUGUAUUGAAGCCUUCAAGAGGAAGAAAGAACAGCAAACACGUAUACUUUCGAAGUCCCCAGAUGAUUACUGGCAAGAAAUUAGAACUGUUAAGGCUAUGCAUGAAGUGGUCCUGGCAAGUAAGGAAGAUGAUGGUGGUUCUAGCAUGGAUGAUACUAUUGAACUCAUUACCAAAUUCACUUUGCCUUCCACAUUAGAUGACGAUGAACCUAUGGUGGUAGGACCGGAUGAUAUAGCAGCAGUUGUUUCACUGUGGUCCGGGAUUCAAGUUCUGCAGCUUACUGCUGACGAAAGAAUGCUUUUGGUUGGUCUUGAUGAGAAACUUAGGAGACAAGUUGUUGGUCAAGAUGAGGCUGUUGCCGCUAUUUCUCGAGCUCUUAAGAGAUUCCAAGUUGGCCUGAAAGAUCCCAACAGACCAAUGGCAGUGUUGCUCUUUUGUGGCCCAACUGGGGUUGGCAAAACUGGAUUAACAAAAGCUUUGGCAACAUGCUAUUUUGGAUCAGAAGCAGCCAUGAUAAGAUUGGAUAUGAGUGAAUAUAUGGAGCGGCAUUCAGUGAGCAAAUUAAUAGGCUCACCCCCAGGUUAUGUUGGCUAUGGAGAGGGAGGCACUCUUACAGAAGCUAUUAGAAGACGACCUUUCACAGUGGUAUUGCUUGAUGAAAUAGAGAAAGCCCAUCCAGAUAUACUAAACAUUCUCCUCCAAUUGCUUGAAGAUGGCCACCUUACUGAUUCUCAGGGACGAAGAGUAUCAUUUAAGAAUGCAUUGGUGGUGAUGACUUCGAAUGUAGGUUCUAUUGCCAUUGCUAAAGGUAGACAGAGCUCCCUUGGUUUCUUGACUGCUGAUGAUAAGUCAACUUCAUAUGUUGGAAUGAAAGCAAUGAUAAUGGAAGAACUCAAGGCAUAUUUUUGUCCGGAGUUGCUCAACAGGAUAGAUGAAGUAGUUGUGUUUCGUCCCCUUGAAAAGGCUCAGAUGCUCGAAAUUUUUAAUCUGAUGCUGCAAGAGGUGAAGCAAAGGCUCGUGUCUCUUGGAAUUUGUUUAGAGGUAUCUGAAUCAGUUAAGAAUCUCGCGUGCCAGCCAGGCUAUGACAAGAUGUAUGGUGCCCGGUCUCUGAGGAGAGCUGUUAAUUUAAUAAUUGAGGAUGUCUUGAGUGAAGCCAUCCUUUCUGGAGAUUGCAAGCCUGGUGAUACUGCAGUCAUUGAUUUGGAUACUUCUGGAAAUCCAUUUGUAUUAAAUCUAUCAGAUAGGAGUCCCCAACUGUCUGAUUCAGCAUCCAUCUCGUAAUUAUUCAUGAUGUAAUUCUAUAGGCAUACAGGUGUAAGCGUUGUUUGUAGUUUUGGUGAUAUUGAUGCAGGUGUAAAUCAAUAAAAUGAUUAAUUAUUGGCUAAGAAAGAUAAUGAUUUGACUUUGUUGCUGUUA